AUGGCGACGACGAGUGCCGCCGAGUACGACGUGAAAGCGUUGGAGAAACUGAAGGAUCUGUACGGGGACCUCGCCCAGAUACCCUAUCCGACGCAGGGACGCAUCGACAAAAAUGCGGGCGACUCGCUUAUCAAAGUGAGAGAAAAACGCAAUUCUGUGACUUGAAACACUGAAAAUUAAAAUAUUUCCUGGUUUUUUCGGGUAAAAUUUACAAAAAAUCUAUUUACUACUAGAAAUGAAUGAAAUUAUACACAAUUCCAGGUGACAACCACGUGGGACAACCGAGCGAUGCAAUUGAACAAGAUAACCCGCCAGCAGCGCGUGAGUAUCAUCGGAACGAAAGGAUCCGAAGUCACCGACCGAUUCCUUCUUUCGAGCACCUCCGUGCCCAUGUGCAAUUUCGAGUGAGCUCGCAAAAAAAAAAAUCAAAAACCUCUAAAUUCUGAUUCUAGAGCACAAGGAAUCGCUUAUUCGACGUCGAACACUCGUGUCGCCCAACUUAUCACUCUUCCGGGGACCGGCGACGAGAAGAAGCAAUACGUGAAGGUGUUCAAUCUGGAGGAGCACGUCGAAGAGCUGUGCGCCGACGUGGGAACGCAGAAGAAGCACGGAACGAUCCACGGAGGCGGCGCCGCGCCGUUCGGAUGCCUCCGAUUCUCGUACGGAGAGGGACACGUCAUGUACGUGGCGGAGCGGAAUCAGAAGACCGCACAGUACUUUGACGCCGACAUCGAGUGGGACAACGAGACGAAAGUCUUCGACUCCAAAGUUGUACGUCUUCCUCUUUUCUUGUGACGAAACCUUUUUGCUCAAUUUGUUACAGGGCAAAAAGUUUGAGUUGACCGAAUCGUGGGGCGAACAGAACGACGCCGUCAAACGACCGAUCAUUUGCAUUGUGGACGUUUCGAGUGGAAUAGUGACCGCGCUGGACGAGAUUCCCGCCAAUAUCUCGCCCUGCUACGUGAGAUUCUGUUUCUGUGUACUGAAAUAAGCCCAUAUUUCAGGCGACAUGGGCUCCGUCGGACACCGGAAUAGUGUUCUUCGGCCUCGACGAGGGCGACACCCCCCGCCUGGGCAGAAUCUACUGCAACAAUCGUCGCGGAGCCGUCUACUUUUACGAGUUGGCCACCGCGAAACUGACAAAGAUCAGCGAGGACGGAAUCGCCGCCGAGAACAUCUCGUUCUCUCCGGACGGGAACACGCUCGUUUGGUUCGAACGGGCGGCCGACGGUCCCCAUCAAGCGGUCCUCGAGCUGCUCUCCGUCGAAUGGCCGUUGAAAAGUACGGAAAACGUGGAGAAGCGAGUGGUGGUCCCGAUUGUGAAGGAACAACGGCCGGCCGAUGAAUUCCAGGGACUCUGCUUCACUCAGGUGAGCUUGGCGGCUAUUAUCGGAUUCUGUUCAGCACCGAUUCCCAGUUCAGAUCGCCACUCGUUCGUGGUCGUCCGACUCAAAACGCCUGAUCCUUUCGAACGGAUGGCGCUCAAAACUCGAGCUCAUUUCGAUUGAUAUCACCACGGGAGCCGUCGAGAAGCUCACAAAUCACGGCCAGUGCCACGGCACCUGGGUCCUUUUGGACGUCUUCGAUGACGAGGUUCUCGCCGUCGUUUCGGCUCCGAAUCGGCCGCCGAACGUGCUCAUGGGACGACUCCCCGAGCCGGGACAUGUUGAACAAGUAGAGACUUUUUCACAAAAAAAACUUAGUAAACAGAUAGUUUUCCAGAUGAUUUGGGUGCGAAUCGAUGAGUCGAAAGCGAUCGAAAAGCGUCAGCAUCUCAUCAAUUAUUCGUGGGAAUUUGUAAAUUUCGAGCGCGACGGCGCCAACAUUGAGGCGAUUCUGAUGGUGCCGAACGAGGGAACCGACCUUCCGUUGGUGGUGAAUCCGCACGGAGGCCCACAUGGUGCAUCCUAUGCUAUGUUAGUUGUUUAGCGGAAUUCGGUAGUCGAAAGACGGAAAACGAUAUUCUUAUAUCGAACAUUGGUUACCACGACUGUAACAGGUUGUUAGGUUGCUUUUUCCACACCAAUGGGUUUUCUAACCUUACUGAAUAGGUUGAUUAGGCUCCUGAAUAUAUAUAUUUGUAGCUGGCCCCGCCGCGAUCUGACCACCCUUCUCAACUCGGGAUACGCGGUUCUUCAAGUGAACUACCGUGGAACCGUCGGUUUCGGCGACGAUUUCAUCCGCGCGCUGCCCGGAAAUUGUGGAGACAUGGACGUGAAAGAUGUGCAUGUACUGACUCGUUUUGAAACUAUCUCUCAAAUAACGUUUCACUUAAGAACGGUGUCCUGCACGUUUUGGAAAAGGAAUCGAGAAUUUCGCGGGAAAAAGUGGUGCUUUUCGGUGGAUCGCACGGCGGAUUUCUCGUGUCGCACCUCGUUGGACAGUAUCCAGUAGGCCAAUUGAUAGAUUUUUCCAAAAUAUUUUCUGUUUUCUCAGGGCUUCUACAAGUCGUGCGUGGCGCUGAAUCCGGUGCUGAACAUCGCGACGAUGCACGACAUCACCGACAUCCCCGAGUGGUGCUUCUUCGAGGGAACGGGCGAGUAUCCGGACUGGCGGCGCACGAGUUCCGUCGAGCAGCGCGAGCGGAUGUACCUGUCGUCGCCGUUGGCGCACGCGGAGAAAGUGACCACUCCGUACCUGCUGCUCAUCGGCGAAAAGGAUCUUCGCGUCGUGCCGCACUAUCGGUCAUUCGUCCGGGCUCUCAAGGCCCGCGGAGUGCCGUGCAAGUCAGUUCAUUCGAGAAGUUCUUCAUCAGAACGGUGCCAAUAUCAGAUUCGGCACUGAGCUCUCGGGGAUUGUCCGUUGGAAUCUAUCACAUUGAACUCGGUUUUCAGAGUGCUCAGCUACCCGCCGUCGAACCAUCCGCUGGACGAGGUGAACGUGGAAGCGGACUACGCGAUCAACAUGGUCCGCUGGUUCGAAAAGUCGCUUUCCCACUAGAGAACCCAUUCCGAUAUUGUAUAUCCCUUCUUUGGCUGCCUCCACACAAACCCGUGAUGACUAUUGUACAUUUUUUUUGUAAAGAAACUAUUAUCCUUUUCAUUUUCUCACUAUCUUUUUGGUCUUGCUUGGUGCCAGAUUUUAUUUAAAUGCGAUUUCUAAAAAAAUUGUCUUUGUUUUUUCAACAUUUUUGCAGGUUUUGAGCACUUUCUCGAAUUUAUUAUGCGCCAAAUUUGAGCGGGUUUUCUUGUUUGAAAGUGAGUUUUCCCAUCAUUUUUCCACCCAAAAAUGUCAAUUUUCAGUAAUCUCCAAUCAAAAACGGGUAUCGAAACGAUAUUUACUAUUUAUUUCAAAAAUAUAUUAUGGCGGCGGUCGAGUCGGAUACGAAAAUCGACAGGGAAGAGCUGCGCGUGUUCUACGAUGACAUGUGCGAACCGCCGGAAGUGGUCACCGCCAGGAUCAUCAGUCCCAUCGGAUACCAGCCUUUUGAGGUACAAAUUUGACCCAUUUUCAACGUCGCUGUUGUCGUGCCGUGGCCGUGGCCGAGUUUUCGCACGUGUAUCGCUUGCAAAAAGCCCGAUUUUCGAGGCGACAAUAGUUUAUCGAUAAUUGUUUGUUGAAGAUGUCGUUAAAUUGGUAACAUUUUAUUGCAUUUUCAUUUUUGCAGAUAUGGACGAUUCUCGGCACGCCGCUGCCGAUGAAAACGACGGAGGUGAACAUGAAAAACGUGGAUUUCCGCUCGUCGAAUCGAUUUAUAAUCAACGGAGCCGGCGAAGACCUCGAACCCGCCGAGUAGGACAUUUUUACAUUUUGAAUUCGGCCGGGGAUCAAAAAUAAUCUAAUUUUUAGCUUUUUUCAUUGAAGUUAGUAAGUAAACGCCGAAAAAGUGAUUUGCAAGCGUUGAAUUACAAAAAUACGCGAAAUCAUUUGCAGAUGGGAACUGUACGGCUACUCGCGUGAUUCGAAGUACUGUGCCCGACUGAUGUCGGUCGGAGGACACUCGAUAUUCCAAGUGGAAGACGUCCGGCACAGAACCCUCAUUGUCGACGUGAAUUUGACGACCGGCGGCCACGAGGAACCCAUUUUUGACCGUCAGUCCCCAAUUUCCCACUGAAAACCUAUAGAGCCAAGUUACAGAUCGGGGUACGGUGAAAUUCUCGAACGACGGCCUCAAAGUGAUGUAUUUGGCGUACGCGAACGAAAAGAAGGGAAAGAGCAGACCGCCGGCGAUCAUGAUCUGCGAUAUCAUCGCGAACGGAACGAUCCGGGCCGUCCAGCCGGCGCCCAACGAGUCGAUGGAUUUGUACGGGGUUAGGAGGGUUUUCUGGUCUUCUAGGCCUCAUGUUGAUUAUCCGAUCGGACCAUAACUUUGCACGAUUAUCAGUCUAGGCUUGGAGUAUUCACAUUGAAAGUUUCAGCCAAAUUGGAUCAUUCGAUAUGGAGUUAUAUCUAGUUUGACGAAAAGUUGAUCCCUUCUCCUAGUGUCUAAUGUUCUGUCAUGCGAUGACGACCCUCAAUUAAGUUUUACAUUUCGAAUACAAAUAUGGAUUUUUACGCUAGAAAAAGUUAGGGUUCGAUCCGAUAAUAUCCAGAUAGUGGCAAGUCCUAGUAAUGUCCCGAUUCCGCUUGCAGAUCCAAUGGACGCCCGACGAUUCGGGAGCCGUAUUCAUCAACCGACGGCGCAAUUUCACCGAAGAAAUCCUUCACUUUAACUUUUCCGAUUUCUCGUGCACAAUGUGCCUGCCGUACAAACGGCCGCGUCAUCUGGAAUUCACGCCCGACGGCACAAGUUUAUUGGUGUUCGGCGGGCCAAAUUCGUACAAAGAACACGAUGUGAUGCCCCUCUCAAUUGUCAGUUUCUGCGAAAACACUUGAUCAUCCAUUUGUUCGCUUUCAGAUCGACUGGCCCGUUUCGGACCGUCAAAAGAUGCCGACCACUCUGGUCGGCUUCGAAUUUGUGAAUGUGCCGCCGAGGGCGUGGUCUGCCAACGGACGCAAGCUCCUCUUCAACGCCAUUUACAUGUCGGCGCCGGUGGUUUUGUGUCUGGAUCUGACGAGGAACAGUGUCAGUCGGUUCUCGUCGAGCACGACCACUCUGGGCGAGGUUCUGGACGUGUACGACGACGAGGUUCUGCUGCUAAACACGGUCCCGACGAAUGCGUUCCGUCUGAAUCUCCUUCCGUUCUCCUCGGUUGUGGAAGAGAUCGAACGGAACAUGCGGACGAUCGUCGACCUGAGGGUGCCGCCGACGGCCGGAACCCGACCGUACACGAUCCAGCUGGAGACGUUCUUGGAGGGGUCGACACCGGGCAGGAAGUCGGCCGGAUACCUUCUGUUGCCGGGCCGGAUGAUGUACGAGGACGCGGACAGGAAGUUCCCGCUCAUUGUUGUGCCCAAUCCGGGCAUGCAGCCGCACGUUUUCGCGAGGUUUGUUCGUUAAAAGUUUGGGUCCAAUCGGAGUAUUGCAACCCGGUCAAAUGUGAAACCUCUCCCGGUUGCAGACAUCCAUCGCCGGCGUCCCUGACGAUGGUGGAAGCGGGCUACGCGGUAUUCAUGACCAACUACCGUAACGGGAUGGACCCGGGCUUCGGGACGUGUCGGUCCCUGCCGAAGGAGCUGAACACGAAGGACAGCGAUGACGUUCACGUGGCCGUGCAGAACGUGCUCAAAAUGUACACGACGCUCGACGCGAGCAAAGUCUAUCUGAUGGGCGCCAAGUACGGCGCGUUCGUGGCGGCGCGGAUGAUGAUCAUGAACAAGGUACAGUAGUCCCAAUAGUAAUCCUACUAGACUCCAUUAUAUUCCAGGAAUUCUACCGCGCGGGCGCCUACAUCCAGCCGAUCCUCCACUUCUUCUGCACGUGUCGCCGCCACGCGAAGGACAUUGCGAAGGCGAAAUGCCACGAACCGCUCAUGAAGGCCGACAAUAUCCGCACGCCGCUGCUGCUAAUUCAGGACGUCGAGGAGAAGGGCGACAAGGAUUUGGGCAGAUAUAUGGACAGACUGAAAAAGAAGAACGUGCCCACCAAGUGAGACUGGCGUUUUUGGUGAUUUCAAUGCGAACGAAUUGCAGAGUUUUGGAAAUGCGUCUCCUCGACGAAAAAUAUGUGAUUGACUGUAUGGAAUGGUUCGAGCAGCACGCGAACUCCUAA